UGGCUGUGGAAAAUUAGUGUGAUGGGUGUGGCUUGUCUUUAAUUGUGAUGGAGAAAGCAGACUUUUGUUAGGUAGGCGUGCCUGCUGUUCCUUUUUCUCCUCGGCACAUCCUAAAAAGUGCACCCAAACAACACAAAAACCAUCUGAGAUCAGCAACAGCAUGGCUUAUCAUCCUGAGUUUAAGAAGGCAGGAGAAAAGCCUGGUCUGCAAGUAUGGAGGAUAGAGAAAAUGGAUUUGGUGGCACUCCCUCAGAAUCUGUAUGGGAGCUUCUAUACAGGAGAUACCUACAUUGUCCUCAAUACCAUCAAGCAACGUUUGGAUAGUCUACAAUAUGAUCUUCAUAUUUGGCAAGGUGAUGCCUGCACUAUAGACGAAAGUGCUGCAGCAGCCAUUUUUGCUGUCCAGAUGGAUGACUAUCUUGGGGGAACACCUGUUCAAUAUCGAGAGGUCCAGGGAUAUGAAUCGAAAACAUUUGUAGGUUACUUCAAAUCAGGUCUAAAAUACUUGCAAGGUGGUGUGGCAUCAGGGUUUAGGCAUGUGGUGUCUAAUGCAGCAGGAAGGCAUAGAGUCCUCCAUGUUACAGGCAGGCGAACGGUGCGGGCUACUGAGGUUCCUGUGAGCUGGGACAGCUUCAACCAGGGAGACUGUUUCAUUCUGGACCUUGGAGAUGAGAUCUACCAAUGGUGUGGCACAAAGAGCAAUCACUUUGAAAGGUUAAAGACCACCAAUGUUUCUAAGGGCAUCCGUGAUAACGAGCGAGCUGGAAGAGCAAAAUUGUAUAUAUGUGAGGAGGGGUUGGAGCCUGACAAAAUGCUGGAGAUUCUUGGACCGAAGCCUGAACUUCCUGAGUCCAACUGUGAUGACUCUGAGACGGAUUCAACGAAUAAAAAGAUGGCCACGUUAUACAAGGUGUCAGAUGCCAGUGGGGAUAUGUCCAUCACAAUGGUUGCAGCAGAGAAUCCAUUCUCUCAGGGUGCACUGGAGUCGACUGAUUGUUUUAUCUUGGACCAUGGUUGCAAUGGCAAGAUCUUUGUCUGGAAAGGUAAAGAAGCCAGCCCAGAAGAAAAGCGUGCAGGGAUGAAGGCUGCAGAAGAGUUCAUUAAAAAAAUGGGCUACCCAAAACACACACAGGUUCAGAUCCUGCCUGAAAAUGGAGAGACCCCUCUCUUUAAACAGUUCUUCAAAUCUUGGCAUGACAUUGCCCAGACUGAAGGGAUGGGAAAGGGUUACGUGUCCAACAAGAUCGCCAAAAUUAAGAAAGUUCCUUUUGAUGCAUCGACGCUCCAUGCCUCGAGUGCUAUGGCCGCUCAGCAUGGGAUGCUUGAUGAAGGGGAUGGAGAGAAAAAGAUUUGGCGUAUUGAAGGAUCAAACAAAGUGGACAUCGACCCCUCAACCUAUGGGCAGUUCUAUGGAGGAGACAGUUACAUCAUCCUGUACAACUAUCAUCAUGGGGAACGUCGGGGACAGAUAAUCUACAUUUGGCAGGGAGAGGAUUCCAGCCAGGAUGAGAAAGGAGCUUCCUCCAUCUUGGCCACUCAGCUGGAUGAGGAACUGGGUGGAGGAGCAGUGCAGGUCCGAGUGAUUCAAGGCAAGGAGCCUGUCCAGCUCAUGAGUCUUUUUGGAACACAACCAAUGGUGGUUUACAAAGGUGGGACUUCCAGAAAAGGUGGUCAGUCAAAAGCUUCACCCAUCCGUCUUUUUCAAGUUAGGUCCAAUGCUGCUGGAAAAACACGAGCAGUUGAAGUUAAUCCAGUGGCCUCUAACCUUAAUUCCAAUGAUGCGUUCAUUUUGCUGAAGCCAUCAGACUCCGUGCUAUGGGUUGGCCAAGGUGGCAGUGAUGUUGAAAAGCAUGGAGCUAAACAGCUCAGUGAGAUUUUAGGAGUGCAGGUUUCUGAAGUGACUGAAGGUGAAGAAGGAGGUGACUUUUGGGAAGCCCUCGGAGGGAAAACUGAAUACUGCACAUCUGAAAGGCUUAAGAGCAAAAUGGACACUCAUCCUCCCCAUCUGUUUGCUUGCUCUAACAAAACAGGACAGUUCCGUAUUGAGGAAGUCCCAGGGGAGAUGACACAAGAGGAUUUGGCUCCUGACGAUGUCAUGAUCCUGGACACUUGGGACGAGGUUUUUGUAUGGAUUGGAAAAGAGGCCAAUGAAGAAGAAAAAAAUGAAGCUGUAGCAUCAGCUGUCAGAUACAUCGAAACCCAUCCUGCAGUCAGAGACAAGCGGACUCCUGUUGUGAAGAUAUCACAGGGGUUUGAGCCUGCCACGUUCACAGGGUGGUUCCUGGGAUGGGAUUAUGAUUACUGGAGUUUGGACACAUUGCAUCGGGCAACAGCUAAUCUGAUGCACUGAACCUGUUGGUAUUAAAUUUCGAAAAUAAAAAAAAAAAAACACUGCA